AUGGAGCGCCGAGACACCAACUACCUGCUUUAUGAAGGACUUGAUAAGGAUGAAGAAAAACGGAAUGGUGUAAAGACACAGAUCUUUCUGACUGGAGAGGGAAGGAUGGAAAAUGACAGUGGUCAGGGCCAGGCUGGAGCAGCUGCAGCCGAAGGGGAAGGAGCAGAAGAAUUCAGUGGAGAAGGGCCCUCAGCUGCUGGUGCCUCAGGCCUCAUGGAUAACUUGAAACAAGAGGACCAUGGCACCAGCCGCAGUGACCAGGAGAAUGAGAAGCAGCCAAAAGAGCCAGUCCCCAGGGACAUGGAGGUUGCAGAAUGUGCACAACCUGUGUCCGUGCUGGUGCGCCAGCGUGGCUUCCAGUACAAGUUCAACCAGUGGCAGUUGCAGGAGCUGGAGCGAUUUUUCCAGCAAAAUCACUACAUCAGCGCAGAACUAAGAAAACAGCUGGCAAGAUGGAUAGGCGUGACUGAAACUAGAGUUCAGAAUUGGUUUAAGGGGAGGCGAGAACAAUACAAGAGAGAUCAGAAGCGUGUAGAGAGCCAGGGCAUCAUACAGGCCCAAACUGUGGCCUUGGCCGUGUCGAGGUCAGUGGCCCUGCCACAGCCGGGGUCUGCACUGAUGUUCAAGUUUCCUGUUGCCAUCAAAGGCUGUGCAGAUGCCAUGCUCCGUAACCUCACCUGGGGUCAUCCUGAGUCUGUGCUGAUGUCCGUGACCCGUGUUGCUACCAAACACCACACUGAUGCCCGGGAUCUGGGCUCCCACCCUGUGGCCUUCUUGGUGCCUGAGAGCUGUGCCACUGCUGAACCCAUACUGACCUGA